AUCGCCGCCAUGGCGACGACUUUCGGUAGUCCCAGCGCAGACACAACCAGUCGGAUAGUGGAAGCCGGUCAAGACCCGCGUCAGCACUGUCUCCUCUUUGGUCUGCCGAUUGUCCUCUUCAACCAACAACUCCCAGGCUACGUGGGCGCGGAAGGCUUUGGAGAUUUGCGUGUGACGCUAUUGAAGACAUCUGCCCGGCCACUUCGUUCUAGUGGGGCGGCCUCGUCAACUGACGGCGACAACGACGACGACGCGGAAAUCGACGUGGAGCUGAUCAAACACAACUUUAACGAGCGCGUGUUCGUCGUGCUGCCAGCCCAGCAGCACGCUGCGUCCACCGCCCUUCAAAAGUACUUAAUUGACCACGAGUCGGACCCGUCGUCGGCCCUAGAAAUCCGGCUUCGCGAAAGGUAUGAACCCAAGCGACCACCAAAACUAAACUGUCCACGUCUGUCGUCAGUGCUCGAUUGGAAAAGCGCCUCAAUGAUGACGCAGUCCACGCGUCGCAUGGUCAAGUGGUUACGUAUGGCCAAACCAUUCAACUCCUUCACGUCAACUCGUCCAAAUACAUCGCAGUGCGGCCGCGGGUGCUGUCCGACACAGAGCGAGACGCGAUGAAGGUGGAGCUCGUCGCGACUGCGUUCGAAGACGCACACUUUCAGAUCCAGUCGCCGUACCGCCAUUUGAGUCCAGGUGACGAAGUGUUGCUGCAGGACGAUGUCACGUUUGCCAGUGGAACGUGGCAGGUGCAAUUGCACGUUGGUCAUGGCUUGUCCGUUGCCCAGCAUUCUGCGGGCGGGGCUGAAUUUGUCGAGCUCAACGGAUCGGCCACCGGCGAUGCUUUCUUUAUCCACCGUUUCGCGCAUAUUGACAUCCCUCCGCAAUGCCUCCGCGGCGGCGACCUUGUGCGGUUCAUGCACUGCCGGGCGGGGGCGUUCUUGUACGGCAACGGGGGGUCACAGGACCUGUUGCAAGUCCGGCUGUGCCAUCAACCUGCCGACGAAACCGGGGGUGUUCAUUCCGUGCAAAGUCUCUGGCAGGUCCAACAUGUGGACAUUUUAAACGGCAACGAGGUGACUGUGACCAGCGUGUGCUGCGUUCGCCACGUAGCGUCGCGUCAGUUCUUGGUCGUGGACGACCACAAUGGCAUCCAGACAUGCUCCUUGACACCACAUCGAAGCUCGAGGUGUCAAUUUACACUGGCGACGGAGUCCUUUCUCAGCGGUCGACUCCUUCGCCACGACCGACCGCUCUUCUUGAAGCAUGUGGCCACCGGCGGAUGGGUGGGCCUGCCGCCUGGCGCCAGCGACCCCACGACAACAUUCUUGGAAUCCUCGACAGGUUCGAGUGUGGACAAGACCAACGCGUUUCGUCUGCAAAUCAUCCAGCCGUCCGAAGCCACCGAGUCGUUGUUUCUGCUGUCGUUGCUGCCUCAGCUCCAACGCGUGAACGACGAGCUACAUCAUAUCCUGCAUCAGACGGUCGUAAACACCCAUAACCUUCGGAGCUCCACGCUGUGGAUUGUGCACAUUCUGGACGAACUUGCUCGGUUUUGCAUGGACAACCGAGACGACGACCGAGGCACCCCGAUCGCCGCCCGCCAGAAUGUACUUGUAGAAAUGAAUUGCAUCAGUUUGGUCGUGGGGCUGCUCCAGCGUCCAUUUGUCGACUGGUCAGGACCGUUGGCAAUGUCCAUGUGCAGUUCCCAAGACGGCGAGCCUUCGUCGCCCAUAUCGUCGUGGGACGAUGAGCUGCAUGGUAGCAUUCGAGCCAUUUGUCAACGCAGCUACAAACUGCUCGUGCAUCUCGUACGCCUCAACCCAAAGACAUCCGUCGUGUGCGCCGCCCACAUUGGGACGUUUGGUCGCCAAGUGGGCUUUGACUUGCACGCGGAAGCUCUGGUCCAAGAGCUGCUGUGCUCGUCCGAAUCGCUGGUCACGACCAUCUGCGACAACGUUGUGACGCUCUUCGUCACGCUGUUGCGCGAGCGCGGGCGGCGUGCCGAGUACGUCGACUACCUGACCAAGUUGUGCCAGUUCAAGACGACGGGCAUCCCCGCCAAGCAAGUGGCUCUUUGCGGGCACUUGUUUCCCACAGUGCCGUCGUCACCACCCUGUCGCAUCCUGCUGGAAGUGCGCUGCAUCAAGCCAAACGUUCUCCACGUCUGCCACCCAGAUACAAAUGAAUGGCUGUCGAUCGCUGACCUGAUCGCAACGGACAAAGCACUGGCACGGUACUUUCUCACGACCAUCCGCAUGCUGUCGUCCAUGAGCUGGUCGCGCAAUUACAUUGCCAUCCACGCCGUCGAGCAGCAUUUCCCAAGGGACGCGGUCUUAGCUGUCGUCCGAGACUGCCACGUACACACCAAAAUGCGUGCCGCGUUUUGCAAAUUGCUCGCGGCCGUGUAUGUAGAUCGACUGCCCCAUGAAGUGCGGCCGCGGCCAAAACUGAUUUUUGUGUCCCCGGCAGUGUCUCUCGGCCCUGAAACAGCUCAACGCCCGGCUCACCAGAACCACGACGCCGGCGACCGGCUUUUUUUCGUUGCGUUAAAGCAAACCCUCAAUGAAACAUUGGCAGCGUGUGAAGGCACGUUGACGGCAUCUCAGAGCCACCUUUUGCUCGGCAUGCUACCGCUAUGUCUUCAAAUGAUGUCGUUUGGGUGUUAUACUGACGAAACGGAGCUCAAAACACUUGUGCAAGUGCUCGUGCCCUUGCUCAAAGAUCGCUCAGCAUUGAAGAAACCCGUCAUGUCGCCCACUUCGACCAUGAAUAGGCUUCGGAAUUACUCUCUUAGACAUGCCCUUCCGUCCACCGAUGACGUCCGACCGGCAGUGUCCACUGAUAAACUCCAUCCCCAUACCUUGGCUACUACGCCACCCAUCACCGGACCAUCCUUGACGACCGAGGCGAGUGCGGCUAGCCCCAUGGCAAAUUCCCCCCAACGCCAAAACACUCCGCGAAAGCAACACUCGAUAGUCAAGUGCAAACUGCUCGUGUGUCAGAUCCUCACGUGGAGUUUGCACUUGAGCCUGGACGCACAACUGGAUGCACUUGUCCACUGGUUUUUCACGCAAUCGAUCGUUCACGUCGAGUCCCAUGCUCUUGGCGACAACGCGCGGGCGGUCGAGAUAGACGCCCAAUGGACAACUCACCAGGCACCGUUGGGAACUGCUUGCGAAGCCCUCUUCCGACAUGCGACACUGUUUGACCGACUCGUGCACGGCCACGACCUGACCAGUGCGCUCCUGUCGCUCUUGGCGUGCGAGUACCCCGCGCUCGUGUCGGCCGCUUUGGAUUUGCUCGGCAGUUCAUUCAACGUCCACCGCGAACUUCGAAAGCACUUGGACCAUGUCAUCGUCGUGCCCUCCGACCGCGUGUUUUCCAUCUACACGACAAUGCAAGCCAGUGCAUCCGUGCUUCGACUCUACGAAGAAACAAGCGAAACGUGGCUAAGUGUGCGAGCGGGGGAAACGUGGAACGACGUGCUGGGCAGCCUCUUGUGGUUCACGGACGCCCUCGCCACGACGGACGACCUCGUGCAAGUGCAGCAGCUCGUGCGGGGGCUCGGCGUCGAUGACCUCGUGCUCAACAUCACGCGCAGUCUCGGCACCUUCCUCCUCACCACCCCUCGGACAUCGUCCAAUCGAGUAUUUCUAAGGCGGCAAGAGCACCUCUUGGACGGGUGCUAUAGGUUUUUUGUCUUGUACACGUGGCACCACCACGACGCGCAAGUGAAAUUGCACCAACAAGUCGACUUUUUCAAAGACUGCGUGGCCCAUCGCCACAUGCCAGCGUCCAUAUUGUAUGCCUUGUACCACAACAACUUGGUUUUAUGUCGGUCACGGCCACCGUGGCUCGUGUCAUUUGUUGUCGAUAUGAUUGACCAAGGUGGAGCAGUGGCCGAACACGUCGACAUUUUAACAGCGUUGGCCGUGUGCAGUGGUGUCCCGAUUAAAGAAAACCAAAACGCCAUCAGUUUACAAAUGUUGGCAAGUCAUCGCAAGCCGCACGUGGUCGAUGUGUCGUUGGAGUGGUCGUUUGUCAGCAACGACAACGAGAACAUAGCAACGCUGGAAACGUUGCUAGAAUCGCCGCAGACAGAUGUACUGCGAGUGCGUCGCAAAGCUCUGUUUGACGACACCCAUCCCGUUUCAACUGCCUUCAAUAACCACACCACCACAACCCAUUCCAUUCAGGAACGCAUUCUAAAUCUCGUGGAUCGAUACAUUUCUACGGGAGACGAAUCACACGUAAAACAACCACCGUUGAUGCCGUUUGUGUUUUCACACAAGGCGACUGCGUGCAAACUCGUCGGCACGAUCGACACGCCGCCGCGCCCUGGGCUGUACCAAGCCAAACUUUUGGAUCUGUUGGCCAAUCUCACGCUGGGGGCCAACUUUGUGUGUGAAGCGCGGCUGCAAGGGCUCAUUCCGCUGGAUGUCCUUUUGCGCACCCUCCAUCGCAAGCAAUUGCGACUGCCUCUCAAGUGCAAACUCGUCAAGGUACUCCAUGAAGGCUGGCUACACACGGAGCAGUUUGUAGCCGAAGUGGCAGGGAGCCACAUGCUGGUUCAGUUCAUCGUGUCGCAGGCGUCGAUUGUACGCGACAUGGUGCCACGAAUGAAACCAGGACGGACCCACGAAAGCAUUUUCGUGUGGGAGUGUCUGUUGCCAAUGUUGUUGCAUUACUUUGAGCACCAUUGCGAUGGCUCGUUGAACGCCGAACUAGUCGGCCCUUUAAACGAUUUUGCCGACAUGUUUCAAAGCGUGGUGGACCAGUGGAAUCCGAAAUGGGUCGAUAACAGCACCACCACCAGUUGUUCCGAAACUACCUUGGAAACUCUCGAUCGAUUCCUUCACGUAGCCAGCACGUUGUUGAUGGAUCGACCAACGCCGUCAUCGGCAGUUCAAACUAAACCCACCCCCACCAGCCAUGUCUUGCCCAGAGCGGGCUUGUCCCUAGCCCAAUCCACAUUGAAAUCGUUUGCAAAAUGGCUGCAUGUCGCGCCCUUUUUCGCCGCCAGCAUCGACUGCGACAAGGCACUCAUGCUGGACGCAUUCAUGCGCACGCACACCGCCGACGCGCUCCGCCGCCACACGCGGCUGUCUGUCGUGCGAGUGCACCCAGCCAAGCCCAACGCCACUGGCUUGUCUGACUCGGUGGACUUCAAAUUCAUCGUCGCCCGGCUCAUUGCGCACGCCAACAACAGCGAAAUCCGCGUCGGCCUGCUGGCGCAGCACUCGACGCUGGAAGUUCUGACCAUUCUCGAGCAGGUGUCGAGCUCGCGGUCGACGCAGGCGCUGCUGCACUUACUAGGUGCACCGAAAAUGGUCGUCGAGCUCUCGUGCCGUGCAUGCGAUACUGACGUGGCCACACACAAAGCCCUCGUGUUGCUGGCCAUGUCGCUGCUUCGAAACGGCGGGUUGGACGCCCAGCACCAGUUCUUUGACCUGUUGAGUGGCGGAAAGAACGUCAAGUGGUUCGAACGGGUGGGGACGCACCUUCGAACGGCCAUUGCUGUCGUGGACACUGGCCGCCUGCAUCCAAAAACGGAUGGUCAGGACGCGUCCAUCGAUCGCAACCAAGAUACCACUCAUGUAUUGGAAAUGCUCCGGCUUCUAUGUGAAGGCCACCAUACCAAGUUUCAAAAUCUGCUGCGCCACCAGCCGUCGAGUCACCCGUCCGUCAACAUUGUCGAGCUCGUUGUCCAACUGUUCAACGAACUCGUGCGCACGAUUACGCCGGCGUCGGUGCCCGUACUCAAAAAGACGUUUCAAGCGAUCGUCGAGUUCAUCCAAGGUCCUUGUGAAGGCAACCAAGUCGCUGUAGUUGACCCGACCGAACAUCACCGAGGCGGCUGUAACUUUAUUGACUCGAUCAACGCCCUGCUGAGCAUGUCAAACACUGACCCUGCGUACUCUCCAGGCGACCUCUACAGCCUCAAAUACAUGUGUUCGUUGGCGCUAGUGGCGCUGGUGGAAGGACGCACGGACACGACUAUCCAUGAUCGCAUGGGCAGUUUGCUGUCGAUGCGACUGCUCAAAGAAACACUCGUCGCCGUCUACGCCAGCUUUGCAAAAUGGCAUGAAGGCCACUACACAGAAGCCGCGUUCGACCCCGACUUGUUGUCUGUGGAAGGGCGCCAGAGAGACAAUUACAUUGUCCGCUUGAUCAAAAUCACGCUGGGCCAAGCUCAUGUACCGCCGACGGAACCUCAGACACCAACGACAGGUCCAGACAAACCAUCUGCCCAUGAUGAAAAUGGCCCGACGGCCACGCCGAGGCUGGGCUCGUUGAUGCUGUCGAGUAGUCCACCCCCGUCGUUCCAGUUCAUGCUCAAUGCUGGCUUCAACAUCUACAUCCUCUUCCAUCGGCUCCUCGAAGUCCCCGGUGUCGGCCACGUACUUCGCAGCAGCCUCUUGCCGUCCGACGCUGAACUACGAGAACUAGACGAACCCCCCAUCACGUUUAUGAACCCCGUUGUGGCCGCGUUCAGUGCGCGCCGACGCCUGCGCCGACUAACUUUGCUCAUGAAGUCAGACCGGGAUGUGUCGUAUGCCGAAGCGUAUGCAUUCUUCCGCAAGCAUUGCGCAUCCGUCGAAGUACACGUGGGUGGCCAAAGCAGCCCCCUGCCCGAUCAUCUCGGCGGGGCGGCCGCCUCUGGAGGCACCACUCGUCGACUGCAGCGCUUUUACUUCCCCAAACCCCCCGUCUGUGCCUUCCUCACAUCGGACAUGCGGGAUACUGUCAUGGAAGACAUCAACCGCGACUCCCCCGCGGAAAAGAUCCAGGAUCUGUUCCAGCGAUCGGAUGCGAUCAUCGCGGAAAUGACACAUCGGUACUUGAUGUCAUUCGCAGGCGACAAGCUGUUUACGUGGGGCAAACUGGUGUCGUUUGGGGUUGCGAUUGUGCUCAACGUGCUGCUCAUCGCGUGUUAUGUAGACAUGGGAGACCCUCGGUUUAAGGACCUCACGCUGCCGUUUCAAAGCCAAGACGACAGGCAAUACCAUAUUGGAUGCGUGGGCACAAUCGGCGGUGUCCCCACCAUGUCCAUCGUCCGAGCAUUUGGACUGUUACAAGUCAUCGUAUCCGUGGGCAUUGUCGUCUUGUACGCGUUUACGUACGGCCCGCUGAUCAUGCUCGAAGGAUGGAAGCGGCAUGCUGCCAAUGGGAAAACAGUGUCAACAUCGCCAGGACAUGCCGACACAUUUCCGUCUCAUCGGUCACCGCCGCCCUUGUCGCAGCCAUCCACUUCCAUCACAACGUUGUCGCAUUCGGCUGCAGCGUACACCUGGACAAUUGGCGGCGUGCAAUUUGAAAACGUCCGGCUCACCAACAUUGUGCGGUCGCUCGGGUUUCUCUUGCUGAAUCCGGUUUACGUGUACUAUGUCGUGUACCUGAGUAUGGCCAUCUUGGGCUUUGCCGGCCACAACUUUUUGUUUGCGUUUCACCUGUUUGAUAUUCUCCUGCGGUUUCCCGAGCUCACGAUCAUCGUGCACGCAGUCGCGUGGCCGUGGAAGAGCCUCGUGCUAUCGUUCUGCCUCAUGAUGAUCGCCAUCUACAUCUUCGCCAUCGUCGGCUUUACGUACUUCCGGCACCAGUUCCCAACUGUAGCGUCCAGUGUCGUCAACUCCACCGACGCGGUCGCCGAGUGCGGCAUGCUUCUGUCGUGCUACUUGACCACGUUCGACCAAACGUUCAAGAACAACGGCGGCAUCGGUGCCCACCUGGCCACUCAAACCCCCGACGACCUCAUGAAUUGGGGGCCCCGCCUCGUGUUUGAUAAUUUGUUCAAUAUUGUGAUCCUGCUGAUUAUUGUCAAUAUCUUCUUUGGCAUCAUCAUCGACACGUUUGGAGACCAGCGAAGCCGCAUGGAAGCACGGCUGAACGACAUUGCGGGGAAAUGUUUUAUAUGCAACCUCAGCCGCGAGACAUUUGAUCGGUUGGCACCGCUCGGGUUUGAGGUUGGUCCUCAUAGUAAUAAUAUCAUCAUGUCAAGAACGAACACGAUUUGUGGAAUUAUGUGUUUUUGGUCGCGCAUCUGCGGUUCAAGAGCGAGACCGAAUUCGACGGCGUCGAGCAAUUCCUGUGGCGAUGCAUCCGCCACGAUGACUACUCGUUCGUUCCAUUGUAUCAUGCGCUGGCCCUGAAGAACACGCUUCCCGACAAGCAGCAUCGCCAUGGCAUCGUGUAGGGUCGUUGACAGGAUAAAUAUUUUGAAUAGAAAUAGAAUAUGUUACUUUUAUAGUUAAUAAAGGAUCAAAACGAC